GAGAAAGGAGAGAGAAAAAAGUCCUCAAAUCCAUACCAACAUCGAUAAGUGGCAGUUUCACUGAGUGCAGCCAGCAUGGUUGUCCUGAAUUUAAUCACAUUGGGAAUUUAUCUUCAGCUCUUUUUCUGCUUCGUUCCGUCUCAGACUAAUUCCUUCGACAGCAUCUUCCCAAUUUCUCCAGCCCUUCCUGGCUUGGAAGAGAAGAAACGUGGCAGUCAUAAAGAAUGCUGUCUGAUGAUUCCUCCUCCACCGCCGCUGUUUCCUCCUCCAUUUUUCAGAGGGGGCAGGGACUCUCUGCUUGCCCUAGACAUGAAAAACUUACGUAAGGAGCUCCAGACUAUACAAUCUUCAUGUAUCCAAGGAUCACGUGGCCCACCUGGACCUCCUGGCCCCCAGGGCCCACAGGGGAUUCCUGGUACUGUCGGACCAAAAGGGGAAAAGGGGGAGUUGGGCAGACCAGGAAGAAAGGGUAGGCCUGGUCCUCCGGGGGAUCCUGGCGUGCCUGGACCGGUUGGCGCAACUGGACCUGAGGGUGAAAAAGGGGAUCUGGGAUUGAUGGGACUACCAGGAACCAGGGGACCGAUGGGCUCCAAGGGUUUUCCUGGAACCAGAGGAGAAAAGGGCUCCAGAGGUGAAAGAGGUGCAUCAGGCCCAAAAGGAGAAAAGGGCUUCCCAGGACUCCCGGGAAUGCUGGGUCAGAAGGGAGAAAUGGGUCCAAAGGGUGAGCCUGGUGUUUCAGGUCACAGAGGGCCUACAGGAAGACCGGGAAAACGAGGCAAGCAGGGUCAGAAAGGAGAUUCGGGAAUCAUGGGUCCACCUGGACGACCCGGACCUUCUGGACAACCCGGUCCCCCGGGACCCUCGGUUUCCGGUCAAUUUUCAAUUGGACCAAAAGGGGAGAGAGGACUUCCAGGGCCUCCGGGAAGGUGUCUGUGCAGAACCCCCAUGAAUGUGAAUAACCCACCCUUCGAGGGAUCUGUGUACGGACAGAACUACCCCAGAGUUCCUGUGAUUUUUGUGGUGAAUAAUCAGGAGGAGCUGGAGCGGCUGAACACCCAGAACGCGUUAGCCUUCCGAAAAGACCAGAGGUCUCUGUACUUCAAGGAUAGUGUUGGCUGGCUCCCAAUCCAGCUUACCCCUUUCUAUCCUGUGGAUUACCCUGUAGACGAUGGCAGCACUUGUGGCGAUGGGAUCAUCCAGGCUGGGGAAGAGUGUGAUGACGGCAACAGCAUUGUGGCUGAUGACUGUAUAAGAUGUCACCGGGCCUACUGUGGGGAUGGCUUCCGACACGAAGGAGUGGAAGAGUGUGACGGAAUGGACUUUGGUUAUCUGACUUGUGAAACAUACCUCCCUGGGUCUUACGGAGAAUUGCGAUGCACUUUGUACUGCAACAUUGAUUCUACACCUUGUCGGUAUUUCACAUGAAGAGGAGGGAAAGGGGGCGGCAUCCCACGUAAAAUGGACAGCAGGUGCUACAGUGUCCCAAAACCAACCAAGACUGUUACAAUAACACCAACCCUCAGUGUGAAAGUGAAAAAAAGUAUCUUGCUGCUGACGGCUAUUAGAGAUGUGUUUUGAAUUAAGUCUGCCUGGAAGAAAAUAGGACCACUGCAUUCUGUCUUAACACAAGCUGUUGAACAACAUUUCACGCGCUUGCCUAAGGGAACUCCUCUGCAUCACUUCUGAAAAGCCAAACCCCUGGAAAACGAAAAAGGAACAAGACAAUACCUCGACUUAGCACUGUUAGACCUAAACAUAGACUCGGCAGAAUUUUUUAUUUGUUUUGCUUUUGUCUCGAGGCUCUCUCCAGAUGACACCAAGUAUAUCCUGAGAAAGGGGUGUUUCUGAAGGCUAUCGCGCUCUCCCUCAAUUAUACAGUGAACUUCCCAAUGUUCACGAAUCGUUAUUUCAGUAACCGAUGCAAUGCCAAAUUGCACUCAUUGAAGGAGUGUGAGUGUUCCAGUUUGGGAAGGGCAGAUGGACCCAAGGGGCAGGGAAAGAAACUGACCUGCUCCCCUCCACUGAGCAAACCGUGAAGCUAGCGGCUUGGAGAGUCCUCCAUGUGGCCCACAGUUGAAGAUCUUUCCUGACUUGGCCGGAGGUGCUGCAGGAACCCUUUCUGCCGUGGCUCCCCUAGGAGAGUCUGAACUGUAAGAUAAAGGUGAAGAGCUAACCCACCUUACUGUCACAGCCUGGGAAGAAAUGACUCUAUCACUGGGAAGGAAUCACUGUUGUAAAUUUCUCACUCCCUCUUCAAGUUGGCCUGGCAAGAAGUUGAAAUGGUAGCCUUUGGGAUGCACAGCAUUCUCUUGGAGAAAAUUUAACUCUGCCUGUUUCCUAUCGCUUCCCCUCCACCCCAGGCUGGACGGACCCCUGGAGAUGGCACAAAAAUCCCAGUACACUGGUGCCAGUGUAGGCUGCUUUCAGGCUUCCUGGCCCUGAGCGGCUUCUGACUUGGAGCAAAAGGAACUAAUGAGCACUAGUUAGCGGAGCAGAGCGCAACAGACAGAUUUAGAGACUCUUCGGCCCCUACGGUCCCUGCCCAUCCUUCUUACUCCCAAGUGUUUCUGUUGGGAUUUUUAGUCGGGUUCUGGGCCAGGCUGACCUUGCCACCACCUGAUGAGGACAUUAUCCAGCUCCUGUGACACCCCUGGUCAUGUUCUCUUGCUUCAAAGUUCUAACUCAGUACACCUACUUACAUUUUCCUCAUCUGUGUUGUUGUCUUCCUUUUGUCAGCCCUUUGGAAAUUGCAACUGGAAUUUCACCAUGUGCAGUCCGACGCCCUCACCCUGCUGUUCUCUGUACCCACUGCUAUCUGUCACUGCUACCUGUACCCCACUUUGCUGGCACCAGGAUGGUGUUUGGCUUUGUUUUGUUGUUUGAAAGUCAGCUGUCUGAAUUUCUAUCUCUGCCGGUCAACUUGAUUCUCAGUUGACCUCUGUGGUCGGUAGGACCUGGUUCUGGAUUUUUAUACUUUGGAAAGAAGAGUCGUAAGACCCGUCCAUCUCCAAUAGCCUUGAGUAUUUCUGUAUUUCUUUGUUAGUGGUCCCAAACUGCAAAUUCCAUGUGGAAGAAUGCCGAUGGGUUACGUGCACGUUCAUCAUAAUGGAAUAGGAGUUCCCGAUCAGAGUAAGUGACGCCUCCACCAUUGUACAGAAAGUUUCAGAAUAAGAAGGCGUGUGCUUCCGAUCCAUUUACCAUUAUGACAGUUUGGACUGUCUGUGAACUUCAGGUCCGGAUAACAGCACUGCUGCAGUUGACAGACGUCUCUCAGAACUUCCUUGAGUUCCGGUGGCUAUCCCAUGAUCACAAACAGAACAAUGCACACAUAUCCACCUCUCAUCAUCAACAGUUGAGAAGGCCCUGCUUUAAUUCUGUAUGCCCAUACUAAUCAUGGAAUUAAUUCACCUUGGUGACAAAUAAAGGAUCUUCGUUCACUUUCCUGUGGCUUUCUCUUCCCUGGCUGAUUGUCGAGGCAAAUUGAAAAACACCUGGGAACCACGCUACAGGAACUUGCUGAAUUUCACAACUGUCUCAGAGGGGCCAAGAUGACAAGACAAAUCAAACACAUAGUUUGGUCACCUGGAACAUUCUAUGCCGUUCUAGUCAUCACACCACAGAAGAGACAUUAAAGAUGCUGGAGAAGG